GGACUAGUAGGAGUAUUUCUUGAAUCGUAGAUCAACGUUGUUCAGUAUGACAUUAUAAAGUAGUUAUUUGUAAGUAAGCGAAACCAAUAUAUUCUGCACCAAAGAGACCAUUAAAAGUUGCUCAAUGAUAAAAUGACUACAGAGACAUGGAGGGUCAACAGCAAGGUCCUGCUCCAGCUCCACUUGACUUGGGCCGACUGGAGGUUGAAGCUAAGGCAGCGGCAGCUAAACAUGUCGCAAAUUUGCUGCAGAAACCCGAGCAGUUAGAGAAGGUUGACCAGUACAAGCGGCGGGUGUCGAGGAAGAAGGCCUCAGUGGAAGCCAUGUUGAAAACUGCCGUCCAAUCACAGCUUGAUGGAGUCAGAACCGGUUUAAACCAGCUGCAGAGUGCACUGCAGGAUGUCUACGAAAUUAAGCAGAGUUUGGACGAAGUUGACGAAAACUACAAAGUGCUGCAACCACUGCAUGAAAAACUGUCUGGGCUUAGAGAGGAAAAUAAGAAGUUUUGUCGGCUUGCAGCAGCGUGUGAAAACCUCCGACAUAUCUUCACGGUCCCAGAGAGUGUGGAACGGACUCGCAACCUGAUAGCUGAAGGAAAGCUUCUACAGGCUCACAAACAUUUGACUGACCUUGAACUUUCUCGAGAUGACCUUCUUCUGGAGCUACACAAACAGCCAAACCAGAGUCCAACAGACAGAAAUACUCUGAAUAAUUAUUUUGCGGAAGUGGAGAAGCUUUCUGAGGAACUGGGGAAGCAACUCUGGAUCAUUCUGCACCGAACUCUUAUAUCUGUGAGGAGAGAACCAAAGUUGAUAGUAACAGCACUACGAAUCAUUGAAAGAGAAGAAAGAAUGGACUCUGCUUACAAAGAAAGACAGAAACAGACUGGUUUUUUACCUCCAGGACGUCCAAAGUGUUGGAGAAAAAAAACUUUCCAAGUUCUUAAAGACUGCAUUGAGGGGAGAAUGGAAGGCACCCAGCUGGAGGACCGAACAAGUAAUAAAAUGUGGCUAGUCAGACAUCUUGAAAUUUUGAGACAACUCAUGAUUGAAGACCUCAAGGUCGUCAAGACCUUGCUACCUCCAGUCUGUCCACCGGAGUACGACAUUGUCAACUCUUAUACCCUGAUGUAUCACAAAGCCUUGUCACAACACUUGUGUGAGCUAAUCAAUCAGAAGCUAGAGGGCAAUGAGAUUGUGUCUCUUCUACAGUGGGUCCACGCUUAUGACUCCCCUGAGCUAUUGAAACAUCCCGAUUUGAACAUUGCAUCUGAGAACCUGGGACCUCUACUGAAGGACGAGUAUCUCAAUCUACUGCAGAACCUAUACUUGAAAAACAUGAAACAAAAUAUUGCUGACUGGACGAAGAAUUCACUCAAAACUGACAAUAAGGAUUGGUGUACGGCCGAGAUGCCGGAUGCCGAUGGGGAUGGGUAUUACACAACAGCUCUUCCUGUCAUUCUCUUCCAGAUGAUGGAACAAAAUCUCCAAGUGGCACAGAUUAUCAGCAUAGACUUGGUCAAGAAGGUUCUUGAGUUGUUUUCAGAUGAACUCAAACAGUUCGCUAGUGAAUAUGCCCAUGAAAUUAAAAUAUUCAAAGAAAAGCACUUGGCUAACAGAAAUGAUCCAAAGUAUUUUCUUCAUUAUGUGAUUGCCAAUGCGAACAACUGCCUGUCAUUUGGUGACUACAUGAAGGAACUGCGUGGUCGCUACCUGAAGAACGAGUUUGAGGAAGAAGGGUUCGAAACAUACGAGGAAUCCGACAUUAGGAAGGACCGAUUUCAGCUGUUGACCGAUCGCUUCACACAGAUUGCUAGGUUGUGCAUCAACGUGAUUCUGGACGAGUUCUUCAUUGAUCUGAGAGACAGCAACUGUAUGAAUGAGCUUAUGACUCGAACCUGGAUACAUUCCAUGCAUGCUGUGGACACGAUCUGUGCGACGUGGGCCGACUACAACCAGGAUUUUGUACACCUGAAACCAAAAAACUUUACUAUGCUGGUUGAAGUUGGGCAGAGGAAAAUUCUCCUUGAAUAUCUACGUGCAAUACUGGCAAGGAAGUUGACGUUUAAGAAUUACGAUGAGCGGCGGGAAGCUUGUGACAAGAUUUGUCGUGAGGCCAGACAGAUGAAAGACCUCUUCCAGGAAAUGGCACCAAAACAGAAUGUCGGUAUCUUUGAUGUUCUACCUGCUGUAUCAGAAGUUCUAAAACUCCGAGACACAUCCAUGCUGACACUGGAAGUCAUGGGUUUAGUGAAAAAGUAUCCGGACAUUCGACUGGAGCAGCUGAUUAAUUUGAUUCUUUGUCGAGGUGACAUGAAUCGUGCUGAUGCCAGACAGUUGGCUAUGGAUGCUUUAGGAGAAGACGAAGUUGCCAAACACAAACCCCGGGGACUGUUUUCAGACCUGGCGACAUGAUAAAGUUAGCAUGCAGGCUUGAAAUUCAUUCCGUGGAGUGGGAAUCAAUAUUUGGCUCUCAGAUUACAUCAUGGAAGCAAAUGAUUAAAAUUGACAGACCGUUCUGGACAUUAUUCUCAAUAUUAGACUUCUAAUUGUUUAAGCAGCUAUGAGUGCAAGAGUUGAGACAACGUGGAUGAUAAAAACAAGAUUUAUAUUAUAGCUUGUGAAAAUCGAGAUUUUUUUAUACAAUGUAUAUCUGAAAUACUGUCAGACUUUAGAAGGCAAAACUGUUAGUGAAGUCGAUCAUAAAAAAGCAUAUUGUACAGGCCCAUAAAAGCUGGAGAGGCUGAGGUGCUCUUCCCCCCCCCCCCCCCCACACACACACACAUACACUUUUGGAUGAAAAUGCUCUGUUAUAUAAAUAAAGAUUAAAUGUGGCUUGUGUCCCCUCCUUACUAGAGACUGUAGCCCUACCACUAGGUAUUGUUCUUCCCACCGCCUACCCCAACUCUGAUGUACAUUUUGAGGGUUAUUUUCUGCCUGCUUUCUUUCAGGUUUAAUAACUUUUAUUUGAAACCUUAUAUGCUUGCAAAAUUAUAACUUUCUUUUGCAUUGUGUCGCUAACUGAAAUCAAAUACUGCUAUGCAGUUGAAAUUAUCUUAAGUCGAACAUUAUUUUUCAACAUUAUUAAGUAAGCCCUACAUGUACAUUUUAUUUAAGCUUUACUUAUUUCAAUGUUUGAAAUAAUAAACUUAUAAUAAUCAA